GUGUACACUCCGGGCUCGCAGGUGAAAGCGGCCACAGCAUUGACGAGCCCUUCCGACGGAGUCAAUAUGGAGGCGGACGUACUGAACGCGCUCAAUACGCAAACAGCGUACAUGCCGGGUGGACGGGAUCGGGAUGGACAUCCGCUAGUCGUGAUACCGGUGCCGUUUUACGACAAUCUGCCGUGGAUGAAGGGAUUUCUUGAGACGACGAUUAAGUAUCUGCUGGCCAGCUUAAGCCCCGAAACGGUCAGCAGUGGACUGGCGAUAAUUCUCGACGCUCAAAAGUGUUCUUGGCGCUCCACUCGCCAGUACAUACGGCACGUCCAGCAGCUGUUGAGCGAGCAGAUGAACAGCUUUCUCGUAAUACGUCCGGACGCCUUCUGGGACAAGAACCGGGUGGAAAACUGUGCCCGACAACAUCGGAAGGGUGAGCCAACCAUCAUCUCAAAGUCUCGGUUGGUGAAGUACUUCGACACGAGUGAGCUACCGGAGGAACUUGGCGGCAUCAUCGCGUACAAUCACGAGCAGUGGAUACAGUCCCGUGAGCGUAUCGAAGAAUUUCGAAAAUCCUACGACAAAGCUAUGGGCGACCUAGAAAACCUGCACCUCAUCCUGCUGGACAACCGGACCGUGCGGGCAAGCGAAUCGACGGCGGCCCUCAAAUCUUGCCAGCAGCUUAACGUGGAUGUGCAAAAAUUUCUCUCCCUCGUGAUGGACGGCGGCAAAAAGCUGCUGGCCCACUUAAGUGAUCUCCAUAGUGCGAAGUCAGCAGUACCGCAGGACCUAACCGAUGGGAAGACACAGAUCGAACGGUUGCUGAACACACUCGAUCGCAAGCAAACCGCCACCAACCAGGCCUGGACGGAGCUUGAGCGGACGGUGGAAGUGUUGCAGGAGUUGGCCACACUGGAGGAAGGCGUGUCACACGUGACCAGUUGGAUACUUACUACGGCUGAAUCGAUGCUUAAUGCGCAGCUCCGGGUCGGUCACGAUGUUAGUACGGCCGAUCAGCUUCGCCUGGAGCAUGAGAUUCUGGAGCUACAGUGUUGGCAGACAUAUGGCUGUUAUGCGGAGCUGCUGCACAAGAUUGAUCACUUUCCCCGUCGCAAGGACACAGCGGCGUACCGUGAUUUACAGUCGCAGCGUGAGUGGAUGGACUUUGUGUGUCGCAGCUUUGCGCAGCGAUUGGAACGGCGAAGGAACGUGCUGAUAACGUCGCUACGGUUCUUCCGUUUGGUGGCUGAGUAUUUCGAUCGCACGAGUGAGGUUUUUCAAUCGCUGAUUAUGGGGGAGCGUGUCGAGGAUUAUGCUCUUGCUAGUGCUAAUCUGCAGAAGCUUAACGAAAACCAACGAAUGCUUGAAAUGAUGGAAAAAGAGAUCAUUAAGGAGGGCGAAAAACUGAGCGACGUUCUGCUGAUGCCGGUAAAGGAUGCUGUUGGGCGAGACAUUGAUGUGGACUAUAGCGAGGAUAUCAGCAAUGUGAGAGACAUCCUCGAUGCGACUCGCUCCCGGUCGCGCAUCUUCGCCGACAGUGUCGAGCUGCAAAAGCUUACCCUGGACCAGAUCACGCAUAUCUUCAAGUACGAACAGGACGCUCGUACCGCCGUCAAGUGGAUGGGUGAUCUGCAUCAGGUGAUGCUACGAUCGCACGCACACGUGGGUGCUAGUGUGCGUGAGAUUCAAUCGCAGAAAGAUGAACAUCAAACACUUCAGGAGACGGCCAAGGGCACGUACAACUACGGCUGUCAGCUGCUGAACGCUUCGCUCGCCCUGCGCCAAUCGUGCAAGCUGGAAACGUCGCAAAACAUCGCCAUGACCAAAUCGUUGCAGCGCACCUGGCGAUCGUUCCAGGCCGUCGCACAGGAACAGAUGACGCGACUGCGCGUAUCGGCCGUCUUUCACCGGAGCGUCGAAGAGCAGUGCGUGAAGUUGCGUGAGCUGCACGAGUGCGUGCUGCGGAUUGGGGAGAUCACCGAGCAGGGCAGACGCCGGGUACGGCUGCGCAAGUACCUAGCCACGCGCGAGCGUCUUCUGCUCGAGGUGGGUCGGAUGGUGCGACUCGGACGACUGCUCAAGACGAGACUGAGGGAACCAUUUCUCCUGGACGACCGGCUCGAUGCGAUGGCCAGCCCGGAGAACAUCAUUACCGAAAGUGAUAACAUAAUGGCGUGUGAAGCGAUCUCGACCCGUCUCGCGGAGGUUGCCCAGGUGGCUGAAGCGCUAGACAGUGUGCUAAGCGAUGUGCAGGGUGGAUUUGACGACGAGGUGGAAGAGCUGACCAGUGCGGAUGCACCGGACGCGGCCAGCAAACGCAACGACAGUGGAAAUCAAAGUGAUGAUUGGAGCUCAAGUGUAAAGUCAACCGAUGAUGGAUCGUUUGUGACGGCCGGAUCGGAUUGUAUCUGUACGCCACAGUCAAGGUCCUCGUCCUACCAUACCGCUUCGGAGUGUCGUGCCUCACCGUGGUGGGGUGUAGAAUCGAUUGAGCGGCAAAGCUCGUUGGAAAACGAUUCGGCGGAGGAUCCCGAUCCGGAAGCAUUCCCAUCGAUCAAGUUACUUUCGGGUGUGGUGAUGACUUCGAGCGCGAACCUGUCGUUCGAUGAGUCGGAGCACAGCUUCCCUACUCCGGGCAUUUCGCACGGUUCGGCUAGUGUUGAUUCCCAUCCCGACUCAGACGACACGGUACCGACGGUUUGUUCUCAGCCUAGUCCGAUUGCAACUAGCUCGGCCUCAAGCUCCGCACUGAACUCCAUCAAUCGACGGGAGAAUCUGGCCCUUUCGCUGACACCAGAAGAACUGGAGCAGAUUGAAAAUGACAUCCGCAACAAUAACCUGUUGGCGUCGGUAGGCAGCGUGGAUAUAGUGGGGAAGGAGCUCCAGAGCACUCAGGUGACACCGACCAGCGAGGACAGCGGGAAUGUGAGUACCAGUAGCGUUAAGCUGGAAGCAGACGAUUCUACCCGUUUCGAGCCGGUUAAGGGCCCGACAGACAUUUCUGGGUUAACGUACUACUAUCAGAACAUCAUCACCAAGCAUACGGUGAAGAGUUGUCUCUGAAGAAGGAAACCGAUCGUCUAUUGUUUGAUGUUAAAAGCCAUUCCAUAACUUGCCGGUAUUGCAACAAUUGCAGCUUGCCAGAGACAACCAAGAAUUAGUUAGGUUGGUUAGGUUUUUAU